UAGUGUCAAAAUCAAAUAAAUUUGUCAAAAAAGUUAACAACAAAUACCAGUGUUUGGUUAAGUUAAUAAACCUUUUAAUUUUAAAUGUUAAUUAAUAUUGAUUAGUUGUGGUCACAGGAGUUUUUAGAUAUUAUUUAAGAUGUCUUUAUAUGACGAUCUUGACACAAUAAAAUCUCGGACUACUGAGAAAGUGGCAGAAUGGUCCUCAGGAAUUAAACUUUUACAAUCUCAAUUACAACUUAAGAAGGCUGCAGUAACACAACCUAAAAGAGAAGCAUUACGUAGAUCGAACCAGGUUUUAACACCUGUUAUUGAUUUAAAAAGUAAAAGGGAUGACGAUGAAACAAAUUCUAACAGCCCAAAAAUACAAGCUAAGACAUUUACAGCCUCAUUGAAUGUUCGUGACUUUGAUUGGAAUGUUGCUAAUGAGUAUGAUCCUAUGUGGCCAAAUGAUUAUGAAAAAGUUGCCAAAGAAAUGCAAGCAAAGAGAUUAAAUCUUGAUGGCAAUGAAAGAAGUGAUAGAUCAGAAAGAAAACGUAAAUCAAGAUUUGGCGAUGAGGAAGAUGUUAUUCCUGAAAAAACUCUUGUACCUAUGCAACCAGAAGAGGAAGAAGCUGAGGAAAUAUCAAAACGAGCCACAGGUGUAGCUAUUGCACCACCUCCAUCACUUACUAUGGAGUCUCUUUCACCUCCACCGGCAGCUCCUUCUCCUAUACCCAAUCAAGGGUUUUCAAUUGGUGGAUAUGGUGCAAGUUCUGUAGCAGCGAAAAUUAUGGCAAAAUAUGGUUUCAAGGAAGGUCAAGGAUUAGGUAAAAAAGAACAAGGAAUGUCUGUGGCCUUACAAGUGGAGAAAACAUCUAAGAGAGGUGGUCGCAUUAUUCAUGAAAAAGAUAGCAGUUCUAUGCCACCACCCAGUUUCCUUAUGUCAUCACUUCCAGGGCAAGAUUCACCUAAUUCAAAUUCAGGCCAACUAAAACAAGAACCUUCAAUCACAGAAAUUAUGAAAUCACCUAGUAAGGUUGUUCUAUUAAGAAAUAUGGUGGGUCCAGGCGACGUAGAUGAGGAAUUAGAACCCGAAGUCAAAGACGAAUGUAAUACAAAAUAUGGUGAAGUUGUGAAGGUGUUAAUAUUUGAGAUGCCAAAUGUUCCCCAUGACGAAGCUGUCAGAAUUUUUGUAGAAUUUAAGAGAAUCGAAAGUGCGAUUAAAGCAGUUGUAGAUUUAAAUGGAAGAUUUUUCGGUGGUCGACAAGUCAAGGCUGGCUUUUAUGAUAUAGAAAAAUUUAAUACCUUACAACUUACUGAAUGAAAAUCAAUAUAAAUAUAUUAAAUAA